AUGAAUUUAGAUUCCAUUCGUCGGUUAAUUGAGGAAACACAAAUCUUCCAGAGGCAGCAGUCAUCAAUUAAACCAGCAUGUGACCUGGUGGUGCCUGCCUCAUCCCCCAGGGACACCUGUGGUCCCUGUUUGCCACUUUAUGGGCUGCAAUCUCAUGCCUAUCACAACGUCUGUGCUCACUCAUGCAACAGUAAUGAAUGGGAUAUUUGUGAGGAGCUUCGACUGCGGGAACUGGAGGAGGUCAAGGCCAGAGCUGCUCAGAUGGAGAAGACCAUGCGGUGGUGGUCAGACUGCACUGCCAACUGGAGAGAAAAGUGGAGUAAAGUUCGAGCUGAAAGGAACAGUGCCAGGGAGGAAGCAAGACAACUCAGGAUAAAAUUAGAGAUGACCGUGAAGGAACUGAGUACUCUGAAAAGGAAGCAAAAUUUGUCACCUCAGAAGGAGGCUUUGGAAGCUAGAGUUAUUCAGGACCUUAAGCUUCCUGGUUUCAGAGAUGUGUCCUCUACACAGAGAGACUCAAUUCAAAUUGGUUCCAAAACGUGUGAGUCCAUCAGAGAGUGUUUGGGAAAAAGAGAAUUUCCUACCAAGGAGAACACAAAGAGUAAGAAAGAAUAUUUGGUUAUUGACCCAUUAAAAUUAAAUGAGAUGAAACUCAAUCUAGAUUGCCCUGACUUAUUCAAGAAUGGUGGUUCUGGAAACUGUAAAAUGAGACCUGGGUUAAGACUACAGGCAAUAAACCUGCCACUGGAGAAUGGAGUGUCUGAAAUUUCAGCUUUGCAGGUGCAUUUGGAUGAGUUCCAAAAAAUAUUAUGGAAAGAAAGAGAAAUGCGCUUAUCUUUGGAAAAAGAAAUAGAACGGCUGGAGUCAGCUUUGUUUGUCUGGAAACAGAAGUAUGAAGAACUGAAAGAUUCAAAGACAAAAAGUGUGAAAGAGUUUAACAUUCUUCAUGGUCAACAUAAAAAUGAAAUAGAAGACUUAUCAGGAGAUAUAAAGGAAGGAUCAAGCUCCCAGAACCGCAAUGACAGAGUGAUUUAUGAGUUAAGAGCAGAGCUAGAGAGACUUCAGGCUGAAAAUACAUCAGAAUGGGACAAGAGGGAAAUACUUGAAACAGAAAAGCAGGGACUGGAGAGAGAAAAUAGAAGGCUAAAGGUCCAGGUAAAAGAAAUGGAAGAGCUCCUGGACAGGAAAAGUAGAUUAAGUGCAAGCGCUCAAGGUCCUGAUUUCAAGACAUCACAAAUUGAACUACAGGAAAAAAACAAGGAAUUGUUGGAUAUUCAACAUGCCUACCAUACACUCAGCAGGCAGUAUCAAGCAAAAGCUGCAGAACUGACUCACACAAACAACCUAGUGGAUCAAAAUGAGGCUGAAGGGAAAAAACUGAGAUUUCAAGUAGAAGAAUUGAAAUGGGGACUCAACCAAAAAGAAGAGAAGCUUGGUGAUUUUCUGAAUCAGAUCCACAAGCUCCAGAUAUCUUUGGAUGAACAGCAAGGAAGAAAUGAAAACUUGGAAAUUAAACUAAGGUGCUUACAAACCUGGUAGUUAUUUCACAAAAUGUGUCAAAUUUAAGAUUGGGACCU